CCAAGUUCGUUUUAUUUACUUUUUCCAUUGAAACCUAUGAAUUUUGAAGUUUCACAGGAAGAAUUAGUAUUAUAAAAUAAGACAUUAUGGAGCUUAAAACUAAACAAAUGAGAAGAAUAUUGGAAUCUCUGCAGAAACAGAUAAGUGGGUUGCAAUUAUUGUUGACUAAUGUCUCUACUAAUCCAUCAGAGGUUUUAGUUGCAAAAUUAGUGUUCUCUGGGCAACUGCAAUCUUUAACUCAGAGAUUUAAGAAUUUGACAAGUGAUGAUAAUAGUGAAUGUGAAGAAAUCAAUAUAAAUGUUGCUGAUACAAUGACAACCACAAAACAUAUUUUUCUACUGAAUGAUAUCGAAGAGCUUAUCAAACAAAUUGAUGAUUGUAAACUUGAUGAACAUGCUAUUAACUAUACAACAGAAUCACUGCUCAAUAAAUUUGCAUUAGCUUUGAGAGCUCUUGAAGAUGUAGAAUGCUUAUCAUUGAAGCAAAGACUCCAGGAUUGUUUGGACUAUGUUAAAGAAAUGAGCACAGCAAAUCAGAUAGAGGAUUUUCAAAAUAUAAAGGAACUUGGCACUUCAAUAUUGGAGCUACUUGAACCAUUACAAAAAUAUAGGAGAAGUUUAGUAUCUACUACUCUGUCAGAAAAGCUAGCUCUAUACACUUCUCAACUAUGCACUUCAUUCGGUAUGCUGGUACAACUAGCUCAGGCGCAACAUUGUGUGAAUGCUCCAAUUUAUGUUUGUAAGAAAUACAUUUGCGAAAGAACAUGUACUUGUUGCAAAAUGAUCUUAGAGCUGCUUGAUGGUACAAAUCCAUCAAUGGAAGAGGAAGCUCUCGUGGGGGAGAAUCACUUUGUCUACAGAAUGGAUUUAGCCCUAGAUAUUAUACUAGAAAUACCAAGCAAAACACACCAGGAGCAACUGUCCGAGUGCGUGGAACUGUGGCUGAGACUAGAAGAUGUUUUCUCUCACGCCAUGGCGAUUACACAAGUGUGUCAGGCAUAUAAUUUUAAAGCCAUAACUGGAUCGUGCCAAUCCAUAGUGCAGGAAUAUGAAAAGCUAAAACAACAGUUACAAUCGGAUAUACCGGACGCGGCGUUGAAUACGUUGUUUAUGAAUACCUUAACUGAUGCUCUUUAUCGUUUGGAACGUAAAGUCAAUGUAGCAGUAUUGACUCUCGUGAUGGAGGUUUUCAGCAAUCCUUACGCCGUCUUAAGAAAGCUCGUUAUGACUUGCGGAAGUUCGUUGAACGCGAAAGGAAGGUCCAAGAAUGAUCUGAACAAUCUCAUAGAAGAUUUCGACCAACUCUUUGAUCAGACUGUGCAAAUCGGAAUGUUUGCUAUCGCCUGUUGCAAAGACAUGAGUCGUAACAAUAAGAUUCGCAAUUGCCUCGCGGGAUUCGAAUCCUUGGAAACUGAAUUAAUAUCCGCCAUCAUUUCUUUCUAUUUACACCCGGACAACAAAGAAAUGCGCUCCAGCGUCAAGCUGCUGACCACGCAGUGGCAGCUGGAGAUGAACAAGUUUCAGAGCGUCGUGAAUCUUAUUAUAAACUCAGCUGCCUUCUGCCAGGUAGUUUUGGACAGUCUUCAAGAAUAUGUGACGACGAUGUCGGAUUGUCUGGAUAACAGACAACCAGUGACUCAACUCCAGGUGCACGCUAUCAUUCGGCGCGCCUCAGCUUUGUUCACCCAAGUGACUGCGGUCAUGAAUGACAUUGGCAUCGAGAAUAUCGAUCGCCAGACGAUACUAAUGACAAAAGAAUUAAAUGCGGCUAUAUUCGAAGUCAACACAGCAGCUGAGACUCUUUUGGUGAAAAACGCGACAGAACCGCAACAGUUGCGCGUGAUAAAACGCUGUGAAUUAAUCUUGAAAGUCAUUCAAAGGCUGCAGCCCGCGUUAUCCAUGAUCAUGAACAACACGACGCAUGAGAAAUCGAGGAGAAGCCAGGGAAACCUCAGCCAUGGCACAACAACAACAACAAGUACUUUCAAUAACACCAAUUUUCCACCCACGGUUUACGGUUUACCACGCGACGAGAAUAGCUUAAUUUACAUCAGGACACCCUACACAGUGAAAGCAUAUAAACUGCCAUUGUCUAUUCAACCGGCCAAUAGUACCGUGCCUGAUCGGAAGCCAUCGGAUUUGUCGUGCCUGAUACCUUACAUAGAAAGCGGACGCGCGCUGCGCAACGAGCACACCAUUAUGUACAAUACACCGCGAAGAAAGAACGCAGCGGAAUCAAUCGUUAGAAGCAAAGUAUCUUUCAGAAAUUUGUCUAGUAUCAGACAACACCUCUUCGGCAGAGAUAGCCUUGCGGUCCACAGCGCGUAUAUUGACAUCACUGAAGAGAGUAUAGAUUUGACAGCUGCCUUAGAGAAGAUCAGCACGUUGUCUGUGUCGGCUGAUGCAAUGAUGUCGCCUUGUCAAUUCUCUUCCAAGUUGCAAAAUAUAUCUCCUGGUACCACAAAGAAGGAAUUGGCUUCCAACGUGGUGGAAAAAUCAUGCAGAAGCGUGAAAUCAGUAGAAAGUUUAAAUAAAUCAACAACGACAAGGCAGUCUAACGAGCGUGCUAUAUCUGGCAGUAGCGACGUGUCUUUGGUCAUAGAAACUUGUAAGAAGCUCAAUAGUAUUCGACUUUCCAAUAGCAAAACACAAAAAUCAACGUCAAAGUAACGUAAGAUAUAAUGAAAGUAUAAGAAGAGAUUAUAUUUAUACACAAAGUCCUUGUCAACGCAUUGAAUUAAUAUUUUUAUUAUCAAAAAAUAUAUAUUUAAGAUGGCAGUUAUGUUAAAAUUUAUAAACAUAUAUGUGAGUUAUAAUGUCAAUUACAUAUACAGGUCUGUAACUAU